AAAAGCAAGCAGAUUUGGAAUGGACUUGUUCGGACAAACGCGGCUGAAACAAAAAGGUGCAUUUGUUUCAAGCUAAGUAGGCAAGUGGGUCAUGGACUUCAUGUACGACCGUUUCUUUAUCGAUGUGACCUCAUGCGCACUUUUGCGCAUGGGCAUACAGAACCAAAACAAAACGGCCGAUAAUAGGUGCUGUUCGAUAACAGAAGAAUAACAGUGAAGUCAUGGAUUUAGAAAACAACAACCUUGACAUGAAGCAGCUGUUCUUCAACAACUUAAUACUGCUUGGUUUUGACGUUCAAGAGAUGGAAGCAACACAUUCUAUACCCUUUAACAAGGCUAUGUUUGAACUACCAAACAAGAGAGCAGCCGAAAUUGUGCUACACUUUCUUUUCCAGCGGUUGAACCCCACAAUGUGCAGGGAGGCUUUCAGGGAUAGCUGGCCAAUACAUGACAAAAAGAGAGAGCAGACAUUUAGGAAGACAUGCUGUAAUUGGCUCUCCAAUAUUCUACAAGAGGAACCCGACAGUCAUCUCCCUCGUAUCAACGCAUCCAUGUUUAUGUCCCCUGGGGGAGAGAAGUUUUACCAGCUGCUCUUUUACUUCUCAGGAUAUGUCAUGCAGAAAGUCAUGGAAAAUGAACUAGGUGUGAAGAGCAGUGAGAGACAGAAAUGUCCCGUUGUGACACCCCAGAAUGUGAACAUGCAGGACUCUAUCCUGAAGAGCCUCAAAUGUUCGGGUAUCCGCCAUCGCAAGCAGUACUUCGAGACUGUCAACAUGAACGUGCAAGCCAGUGAGAUGUGGAAACAGUGUGCGGACGAGUAUGUGCGUGAGUAUCGCAAGCUUCACAAAGACCUACGUGAGUUGGACUACAAGAUACGGGAUGAGGAACACCGUGCCCACAAGGCAGCUGAAGCCAGGGGAAGCCCAACUAAGAAGCGGUCUUCAACAGAUCACUUUGAUCCUGAGUUUGAUCCCAGAACAAUCAAGAGAUCACAAAGAAUUCAACAGGUGCGUGACAUGUGGAAAACUUUUGAGGACUUUGACCGCUCCAAAGAAGCAGAACAGGAUGUGGUGGCUUCCAUUGUUGACGGGAAGGUCAACAAGCACCGAAUUGAUGGCUCCAGCAUCAAUGUGAAAGUGCCCGACAUGGUUCUCAGGGAAUGCCAUGAUGAAAUAGUGAAGCGCAAUGUGGGAAACACGUACCAAGGUGGCAAGCUAAGUCUAGAGGCUCUCCUACAGCUGUGGAACCUCUCACUGCACCUGGUCCUCGAGAAACUCAAGCAAGUGGGAGUCCCACAGUUUGAGGAGGAGGUACAGAAGCUGACCCCACAGGUGCACGUGCAGCAGAACUUUACACAGCUCUCACAGACCCUCAGGGAGCAGAUGUCCCAGAAAAUACCAGAAAUGAAGGCCAGUGUCCACGAUUUGAGGAAUUGGAUGGAUAACAAGUUCUUCCAGGAUGUGUCUCCAGAAUCUAUUAGGUCAACAUCCCUGGGUGUAGGCCUAGUUAAGCCUUCCCCUAAGUUGAACUUCUCCCCUGGAGCAGCCACUACCCCCACAGAUCCUCUCAGCGCCACUGUGUGGUCAAAGCAAGAGCUGGACACCCCAGUAGCAGCCCAAGAGAUUGCUGAGGAGCUGAAAGAGAGGGCUCGCAAAGGGCCUCAGAAGUUGUUCAAGGAGCCAGACCUGCUGCACAAAGCUCCUGACUGGUCCUCCAUUCCUCGUCCCAGCACAGACACUGGUUCGCGCCAGUCAUCCAGACCCACUUCAGCACGCAGCAAUGCCAACACUGGUGGAAAAUCUUCAUUUAAAUCGACACCAAAAUCAAGUAAAAUUGGAGAAAAAGACAGGAAAAAGGCAAGUCUAAAAGCUACAGAUGACAGGUCUUUUCAAAAACCAACAAGUCCAAGAACGCUGGUUGAGUCAGUCCCAGAUGGCGCUCUCAAAGGAAGAGCUAGGCAUUCAAAGAGAAAGGAAGACGCAAGCGACACAUCCCUUCCUCUCUCUAGUCGUUCAGGGUAUUCAUCAGACAGAACUUUGACUGAAAGAUCAAUAAAAUCCAGCCCCAGAUCAGAGCGAUCAUUCAACAACAGAGAACUAUCAGACAUUGAUGAUAACAGGCCAGCAAGAAGAAAUGCAACUGAUAUUUUGGUGGAUGAGAUAAUGGGCGAAGCUGUUGUACUGUCUCCUUUUAAUUCAGGCUUGGAAGCAUUUCACUCUAAUCAGCUUGUGAGUCGCACUCCAGAGAUAGAUGCAGAAUUACCAGAGUGUGUCACACCAGCCAAUUCAGAGGAGAUGUUUGAACCAAAACAAGAAGAAGAACAGAUCGUUAACAUCAUGGGACCAGAGCUGAACGAAGUGACACCUCGUGAUAAAGAUGAUGCUGAGGAUGGAGAUGAUCAGAGGAAGACGGUAGAAAGCAUUCUUGCUCGUGCUGGUCAAUACUUGAAGAACAGAAGAACUAAUUCUUCUCAGAACAACUCAAGAAUUAAAUUAGAAUUGCAUGUUGAUAGUAUACAAGUAACAGAUAAGGAGAAUGAAAUUCAAGGCGGGAAAAUGGUCAUCGAGGCAAACGACGAGGAAGUCAAUGAAAUGAUACUUGAAGGUAUUAGACAAGCAACGGAAGAUGACGAUGAGGAAGGAAGAGAAACCUAUGAGUUUUCAAAACAAGAAAUGCAGUCACAUCGUGAAGGAUUCUAUGAGGAAGAUGAAGAAGGCAUCAUGGAUCAGAAGCUGGAAGAUGAUGCAGGAGCAGACAUGGAGUUUGAGGAGAUAGCUGGUCCUGAUUUGGAGGAAGAAGACCUAGAUAAAGACUCUGAGGGUUCGGUGAGAUCCACCGAGGAUGUGAUAGUCAUUGAUAAAAGCAUCCACAGAUCUCCACAUGAUAGCACUCAUGUGAGUCCCAGAGAGGCCUACCCAGUGCAGGGUUAUGGGGAGGAGGGUGGGGAGGAGCUAAUUGAGGAUGAGCAGUUCCCCGAGGGACUGGAGAGCUCCCCAGGCACCGCCAUCAUUAUAGACCGCAGCUACCAGUUCACAGCCAGCAACAGAACCGGCUUGAACUCCACUCAGCCCCACAACAUGCUGUCAAGGUCGUUGGGUCUGGAGAGAAGUCCUCUCAGUGAUGAAAUUCGUAAAAUGUUUCAAAAAGCUGUGGCUGACACUCCACCAAAACCCAGCAUAAAACAAUAUUUCCAGAAGCAUGCAAAAUUAGAAGAUGACCUUGAUAUCCCAGACAUGGAUUUAACAAGUCGCAUAAAUGACCAUGGGAAGAAAUUGAAAGCAGCCGAUAUAUCCUGGGAUAUAGCAGAGAACUUGGAAGACAUUGAACAGCCUCCUGAUAUUGACCUGGACAAGGAUACAGACAUAGAUGAUAUUGUGCCCAAGGAUGGGACAGGCAGCCAGGAUGACAGUCUGGGUAUAAUCAACAUUGGAGACCAGGACGAUGACAACAUCGACGAGUUCUUUGCAGUCAAAACACCAGAGUUGCCCACGAGGUGGGUCAAAGGUCAAGAAGAUCGGCUCAGCUCUGACCAUGGUCAAGGGGAUGCUUCCAGGUUGUUAAGUGAUGGCAUGAAGUGGCCUACUGCAGGUGAUGAUGAAAACAUUGAGACUACAGAAUCUCCUCUCAUAGCAUUCACUCCAUAAUAAGAGCUCCUUAUGCUUAGAAUAGUGAGCUAAUGAAAAAUAUAUGAAAGACGUUUUCUUUUCAUAACAACUGGUAUUUUGUCAUGUGUAGUCAUUAGAAAUGUAUUUAUUUUUCAGUGUGAUUAAGCUAGGCUAAAGACUUUUGACUGUGAUUUAUUAAGUAGAGAAUUAGAGUCCUGUUUCAACAGUGUAAAUGUUUCAAAACGAUAUUGUCUCCAUGUAGAAGUGUAUACCAUUAGUGCCAGAUUAUUCAAUUUAACUAUACUUCAUAUUCAUAUUUAGACAAUUACAGGCUAGCAAUAUUUCAUACUAAUAAAUAAUUCAUUGUUAUUAAGGCAUUAAAACAGUUAGAUGCAGACAGUGUUUGAUUUGUCAUAUUACUGUUGUAGAUAGUCCAUCUGUUGUGCUUAUAAAACCAAAAACAAU